AUGCCAAUGCACCUCAUGUCCCUGCUAGCCGGACUCAGUGCGUCAAAAGUCCCCGAAGUGCCGAAGGCUACCAAGGCCAAACCAAGCACCCAGCCUACGCCAACUAUCUCCAAUCCACCAUUAUCGCAUACACAGCCUACACUGAACAACAUAACUACACGUGACAGUGCUACAGCACACAGCAGCACAGCAACAGCAACAGAGGGUUCUACGACGACACACAACAACUCUACAGCAAGUAACAACGCUCAGGCACCUGACGGUUCUGUAGCACGCGAUAGCAGCACCAGCUCACCAUAUGCAAAGGCACUGCCCGAGCAAUUGGGAGCAGCAGAGACGCGUCAAAUUGCGUUGAACUUUGAAGAGGAAGACCUUAGAGAGGUACAGGAAACAGAACGUACAAACUUCGCAGAUGUGUUACUCGGGCAGUUGAUGGCGGAUAACCAGACUGGAGGUAAUUGUACUGGGGGUGAGCAUACGAGGUCGUCGCACGACAUGAGAGUGCACAACAAGUUUAGCGCGCCGGAGACUUCAGUGGAUGUGACUGAGGAUAGCGGGACACCCUCUGUGCAAACCGGGACACGAGCAGUGACGAACAUAUCAGACGCAGUGGAUAGCGGGACGCAGGCGGUGAAUACCGGGACGGUUGCUGUCAACAGUCUGACAGCCGCGGUGAAUAGCGGUACGAGUGCUGUCAAUACCGGGACAUCGGCUGUGAAUAGUUUGUCGGCGGCGGUAGAUAGUUUACGGACAGCGGUUGAAAUGGGCACGCACGCGAUGCGGGUGAGCACGCGCGCAGCUAUACCGAAUCCAAUACACGAGAAGACUGCGUUAGAUGAUACAGACGGUGUAUGCACGGAGGGUUCAAUGGAGAACAUGCACAUUACAUCGGAAAAGAAGUCGAAAGUGACGACACCCGGGGGUGUGGGAAAGGGGGAGGAUUGUAUGUGCACGUGUGCGUGUACGUGUAGGCGUGGGGGUGCGUGUGGGUGUGGUAUGGGUGUCGGUGGUAGCGACGUCGAGAGGAUGUUGAGAGAGCACGAGGACAGGAUGAAGCGACACAUAGACGCGCAAAUGCAAGGGCUGCGUGACGGUAUACGAGCAGAUGUUCUGCGGCUGAUGUCUGGGUUGUAG